ACAGUGAUACACGCAGCUCACUGGAGUCUGCUAUCGAACGAACGACAUGUCAAACGACAAAGAAACACCUUUAGUACUUGUGACUGGUGCAUCUGGAUUUAUAUCUUUACAUAUCAUUCAAUUACUACAAAAGGAAGGUUACAAAGUUCGAGGAACCGUGCGUAGUUUGAAGAAUGAAGCUAAAGUAAAGCCACUACGAGAACUGUGCCCAAAUGCAAAGUAUCAAAUAGAACUAGUAGAAGCAGAUUUGACAAAAGACGAUGGAUGGAGAAAUGCUGUUAAAGACUGUACAUAUGUACUACAUGUCGCAUCGCCUUUUCCUAAUGUACCACCCGAAAGUGAAGAAGACUUAAUCAAGCCAGCUGUGGAAGGUACCAAACGUGUACUAAGAGCCUGUUCUCAUUCUGAAUCAGUUAAAAGAGUAGUUCUUACCAGUUCCAUAGCAUCUGUACACGGAGAAACUACAGUCGAAAAUGGAAAAGUUUACAACGAAUCUGACUGGAGUGACGUUAAUUCACCUUAUUUGGAUGCAUAUGCAAAGAGCAAGACCUUAGCAGAAAAAGCAGCAUGGGAUUUUGUUAAAGAUUUACCAGCUUCGAAGAGAUUCGAAUUAGCUACUGUAAAUCCUGCUCUCGUUAUAGGACCAAUUAUAAGUGGUACUGUAAGCACCAGCACUGAAGUUAUUAAGAGAUUGUUGGAUGGUAGCAUGCCUAUGUUACCACGACUCAAUUUCAGUUUAUGUGACGUACGCGACGUUGCAGAAGCGCAUCUUAAGGCUAUGAUAGUGCCUGAAGCGGCUGGUAAUCGUCACAUAGUUGCAUCCGAUCACUUAUGGAUGAGAGAUAUGGCAAACAUACUUACUGAAGAGUUUGCACAGUAUAAUUACCAUAUAUCUGCAUGGAAUGCACCUUACAUAACUUUAUGGUUUUUUAGCUGUAUUGACAAGUCUACUAGCUUAAUUUUGAAGAGAAUUGGAAAGAAAUACAUGUAUGAUAACAAAAGAACAAAAGAAGUUUUGGGUGUACAACUUAUUGAUAUUAAAAAAUCUCUAAUUGAUACCAUUUACAGUAUGAUUGAUAAUGGAGUAUUGAAGAAGACAAGCCAAUACAGGAACAAAAGAGAAAACUCAAAGUGAGAUUUUUUUAUGUAAUAACUGGAACUGAAAUAUUCUUUAUAUAUUAAUUGUUGUAUUCCUGAACUUUAGUAAUGGAUCUAAUGGGUUUUCAUAUUAGAUUAAAUAUAUAUAUAUAAAAAUUAUAUCAAAACUUCAAAAUGAGGUAAGAAAUAUGUAUUUUUCACAGAAAAUGUAGUUUAAUAUUUGUUGUUUUGCACUUU